AUGUCAAAUAAUACAAACCAGGACAAAGCUGAAUUUGAAUUCUGUCUCCAUCAAUCUCCACUUCAAUCUGACGGUUCGACCUUUCUACCCUCUCAAAAAGAAUCUCAUUACGUGGAAUCAGCGUUUCCCUCUUCCUCUGCUAAUUCUGUAUUUCAGUUCAACCUGGGUCCAAUGAAACAAGCAUACCACAUACCCGACAAUCACGUAACAUCUUCGCCACAACAAGUCAUUGAAACAUCACACAACCAUGCUUCCGUGUCUUCCUCGAAACCAAACUCGCAUCAAAAAAUCACAAAACCGUGUAAAACAUCGACGAGACCAUCAACACGAACAACAACAUCUUCUCCAAUUUCACACUCGUUAUUAAGCUUGUUGACAUGUUCGUCUUCGUCUCCUUCCAAUUCUAACGCAUUCACGAAUCCUUCACCAAACCAUGUACCCAAUCAUCAGCAACAUUCUCCGUUGUACUCACUCCAAGUUUGUUCCUCACCAACUUUUAUGAAUAGUAAAAGUCCUCAAAUCAUGAAUGCUUGUGCCCACCAUCAACAACCUUUUCAUUCUGAAAUUCCCAAAAAGUUGAAUACAGCCAAAAGAAAGCUCACGGCCACAUGCACAGCCACUCCAUCUCCUUCAAAUUCUGCAUCUUGCUCUUGUUCAACAAUUACCACAACAACAACAACAACAAAUAACUCUGACUCGUGCUCACCCUUGUCCUCUUCGUGUGCUUUCAUUUCUUCUCCCUUUGUAAAGAACAAAGCAAUGAACGUCUCUGGAUCAUCAUCCCAUCCUCAUGAUUCUUUCACACAACAGCCAAGAAGCUCCUCGCCAAGAUUUGUCUUUUUCGAACAUAAUGGUCGAGAUAAGAAAGCCAAACGAAAGAGUGCCACCAACUUUACCAAAACUCUUCCCUUUGAAAAUGUGUGGUUUGAUGGUCCUCCCAAUCACAUGAAAGAAGUCAUGCAUGACAGGGAAACUCCAACGCAUGAUCAAAAUACGGAUUCGUGUCAUGGUAGGUACGUUCAUAAUCCACCUCAUCAUCAUCAUCAAGGAACGAAUUCUUGCCCAACCUUAGAUGCGAAGAAGAAGGUUGUUUCGAAUUUUCAUCAAGUUGCCUUUGAGGAAGCAUCCAAAGACAAUCAACGAUCUUCUCCGAAGCCACCAAAAAGCACAACAGACUACAAGCAUUCUCCAACAACCAUGAACGCAUUUCAAUCCUCUCCAUACCGAGAAGAAGAAUUACCAUCACCUCCACCAUCCUUAAUGAACUCUUCUUCUCAAACAAGUUCAAGAAAUUUCUUCCUGUCUGAUUCGUCAUUCGCUUCCUCAACCACGUCAUCCUCCUUAAAGGUUGAAACAUCUUCAUCAUUAAGGCCGAAACCUCAACGCACAAGCAUCUCCAUCAAGGAGCUCUUAAAUUGA